AUGCAGGUACCGAAAAUCUCCUUGUCGCCUCAUAGGCUACUCCUUUUGGGCUUCCUACUAAACUAUUGUCGCGCUCAAGAUGUCUCUGAUAUUCCCGUUGUCUCUCUUCAUGCUCCAGUACUACAGGUACCAAAAAUUUACACCUUUUUAAACCAAAAUGUAUUGCUGAAGGUCUCCUCAACAGAAGGCUUUCUUCCGGAAACCGCUGAAAUAGGAACAACCGUCCGAGUUUCGCCAAACAUGCAGUCCGAAUCGCUUCAAAUUCUUGUCAACGAUGACGAUUUGGUUAGUCUUAAGGGAUUCCAUCUCAUAGGAAUGAAGGAGUCGUCUGUCAACAAUGACGUUAUUUCAGCAUCCAGGAAUGCCGCCGGCCACCUAUCAGUACAUUCUCACGGGCCUCGGAGCGACGAUAUUUGCUGUUGAUCAGCGUGGCUUUGUGUAUUUGAACGUUCCAAAUAUAGAUGCAGAUCCACCCAAUCCGUCUACUUAUCAGCUGAAUGUGAGUUGGCUAAUUUGGCCAUUGUUAAGCGGCAGUUGUUCAGUCCGUAUAUCCUUUUUCGCUCCAACUUCUGCAGAAUAUUUCCCUACGCGUUUCAGUUUGGUCUUUGCAGGUCGAGGCCCGAGAGGUGAACACGACUCCGAACCGCCGCAGCGAGCCUGUCACCAUCACGAUCCACAUCCUCGACGUCAACGACAAUUCUCCUGUCUUCGAGUUUCCCAUUUACACCGCCAACACCACUGCUUUAGGCUCCGACCGACCUGUUGUCAAGGUUCAACUUGAUGUUCAUCUUUCUCAAAACUGAACUUCUUUAAGGUGUUAGCGUCUGAUGCAGACUCAGGAAACUACGGAAAGAUCGUCUACAGCAUUACACAGGUUCUUUUUUUUGCGAAUCUUUUGAUUUCACAAAGUUUUAGAUCUCAGAGAGGUCUUUUCUCAAAGUUUUCAGAACCAAAGAAGGAGAAAACAGUUUCAGGUAACAAACGGAGCCGAAAACAAGUUCCGCUACGACGAGAACUCGAACAUGCUGCUGGCGACGGACCACCUGACCCCUGGAGAGCGCUACCAAGUCGUGAUCGAGGCGACCGACGGCGGCGGCCGUUCCUCACAAGCCAUCGUCAUCGUGCUCGCCACGGAUCCGUCCUUCAUGCUGUCCUCCUUGGCUCCGUUGCCUGGGAUGGAGACCUUCUUGCCGAACCCCUACCACACAACUCCCACCACUGCCAGCACCACCAGUGCAGGUAACUCAAGCAUGAAAGUUUUGAUCAAAUUUUCGAGUGGAAUUGCUAAGUUCUUGAAAUAAAGUUUGCUUUCAAGAACUUUGCUCUGAAAGGCUACGUUUUUCGAAGCGAAGUCACUGAUAUUUUGAAGCGUUAACUAAAAAAAAAAGUUUUUGAAAAAUUUCGUCGUUUUAUUAAAUCAUUUCAGGUCGUCCACCCAAAAUAAGAAAAAAAAAAGCUCAUGAAUUUCCGAGAAAAAAUGAAGAAAUUGAAAUCAGUUUCAAGAUUAGCAAGAGAAAAAACGGUGCGAUUUGCGAAAAAUUCAGAAUUACAGAAGUUUGUACAGUCCUUCUCCUAUUUUAUAGUCAUACUAUUGGCCUUCCGAUUUGAAAGAGCUAAAACCUGUUUGUAGUGAGAAAAAAAAAAACUCAAAAAAGCGAUUAAAAUUAACUUUGUUUAAUUUUGAAGUACAUUUACAAAAGUCGACGGAGGGGCUACUUGUUCAAAUAAGGCUCGUUUAGUUUUUGAAUGAUUUCCUCUGAUUAGAUUUUGUGAGAAUGGGAAGAUUUUCAGAUUUUACGGUUGAAGUAAGGUUCAUUUAUUGUCUCUUCUGAAAAUUAUGCGUCUUUUUUCAUAUCUAUGAUUUUUCAGAAACAGAAGAGACGAUACAAACGUUUGUCACCGAAGUCAGCGAGAACACUCCGCCAAACACGGUUGUCGUCAGUCUCGGAGUGAGUUUUUCGACCAAAAUGAAAAUCUUGAAAAAGGAGCGUAAUAGGAAUUUUUGGAAUUGACAGGGUGACGAAUCCAGCGAACACACCUAUUUCAAUAUUGUGGGAGGCAACGAAGAUGGGAAGUUCUCAGUUGAUGAAAUGUGGGUUUUGCAUUGGAAUAUUUCGGUGAGAAGUCCAAAGAAACCGUCUUUUGUCCAAAUAUCAGUUCUUCAAAGGUAAUUUGCAUGUUUAGGGGCACCAUAACCACGGCCGGAGAGCUGGACCGAGAAAGGACGGCCAUGUACUCACUGCAGAUCGAAACUCGCAGCCGCAAUCCCGACCAGCAUCUCUAUUGGACAUUGGUCCAAAUCACUGUUCUUGUUAGUUUUCCUCGUUUGGAUUAUUUUCAUGCUCUUCACAGAAUACUUUACCAAAUCUCAUCGACUCUGUGAAAAAAAAAGUCGAAGGAAACCUUUUUUUUAGCUCAUGUUCUACCUUCGGGGCAUCAUUUUUGUUCUGAAAAAACUGAUUAGAUGAACAGAAGUUUUUCGCUUUCCGGAACCUUACUAUUUCAAUUACAGUCCGUUCUAAAAAUUGAUUCUAACUGAUUUAUUUUAAUCAUUUCUGAUUUUUUCUUUCUUUCAAGCUUAACUUGAGACAAAAAAAUAAUGAAGAAAUGUUUUUUUGCCAUUAUUGAAAAUUUUUGUUUUUAUUUUUUUGAAUGUUUUUAUAAUAUAAAUAAAAAUAAUAAAUCUUCAUUCACAAUUAAUUAGAGAAUUUUCAAACUUGCCAAACCUAUGUUUAUCCAAGAAACUUUUUUCCAUCGACAGGACGUAAACGACCACGCGCCACUGUUCGUCGGACCUCAGCCGAUUCGCCUGAGACUCAGUAUCGACGACAUCGAGCAGCUCACACCAAAUAUGCUUAUCGGUAUGAGGAUGAGCUGGAAAAGCCUAAACAAAAGAGUUUUUUUUUCAGGCAAAGUGAUGGUCGAAGACGCCGACGCCGACGACAACGGCAGAGUGGAGCUGAGGAUUCUGCCUCCGCACAACAAGCUUUUCGCCAUUUCGAACGAAGGCGUCGUUUCGGUUAACGGAGACUUCACCGCCGUCCAUUUCGGCGAACACGACGUCGUCGUCGCGGCCCGCGAUCACGGCGACCCUCCCAAAGAGUCGCGGGCGCACAUCCAACUCUCCGUCUUUGGCACUUUGAUAACGGUCGCCACGGACGCUCCGACGGUAGGAGAGAUCAGGAAAUGAAGCCAAGCAGUGAAUUCAGAACGAGGUAUUUGAGUACACCUCCAGCAUCGAGGAAGAGUCGCCCACGCCUCCAGAUGACUACCUCCAAUCAGUCACGACUGCGCCGCAACAAGGACAAGGUAUUCUUGUGUUCAAGAGAAAAUCAGUAAUGAUUGUAAUUUUCAUAGGUAAUUCACUAAUAUGUAAAAAUAAGUGAGUCGAGAGAAAAGUUGGGAGAAGAGGAGAUUUCACGAGUUUCAAAACCAACUGGAAAGAAAAAAAAAAUUAUGGACAGGAACUAAAAGUUGUUCGGAUACUUUAAUUCCCUCAUUAAAACUUCAAAAAAGAGCAGAUGGAUGCAUAACAAAAAACUUGGUUCAUUCUUGAUUUGCUAUAGUUUUUCUGAAUGUAAAUCUCAACUUAGUUGUAUUUUUUGGGUGUAUGGCGCAUCGUGAAUCGCAAGAUGAGUUCUGAAUAACAUGAAUAAAUGUGUUGGGAUGAGUAGAGAUCAGAAGGUCACAGAAAUAAAAACUCUGAAAAAGGUAGAGCUGUACUUUGGUUUUAUGCGGCCUCUCUCAAACCACCCAUUCAGUGUUCUCUUCGUUCCCAUCACCUUCUCCUGUGGAAGAGCCUCCAACAACGGAUAUUCCUCAGUUCCCGUCUGUUCAGCUGCCGGUAACUUGUUUUCGUCCUUUUUUCCAAAAUGUUCUUCUGUUUCCUUGCAUCCGCUUCAUUUUGUCAAACUCGAAGAAAAAAAUUCUAGAAACCCGAUAUGCGCUUUUCACCCUUAAAAAUUGUCCAGAAUCAGUUUCCACCAAUCACUUUAUCCGUUCCUUCCAUUAAGGCGAAAAACUCGCAAGAGAUGCAGCAAGUGGGAGUUGCUGAACAAGAGCACGGAGAAGACUUGAACCCUUCGACUUCGACGACGUCAUCCAAGGACUACGAACCUUAUGAGAACACGGAAGAGCCGACGACGUACGUCGACGAGUCCGAGGCAAGUACCCCUGCUGAGGAGUACGACUCGACCCUCGGCUACGAAUCCACCGGUGGAUAUGAACCCGAGACUGGCAUGAGCCUCGAAUCAAGCACUCCUCCACCUGUUUCACCUGUUGAAAGUGCAGAGAUUUUUGUUUCCGAAACCACAACUCAAUCCACCACUACCACCGCAACCUUCAAAACCACAACCGUCACCUCCGCCACACAGGUUUUCCUUUUUUCCAUCUCCGUUGCGUCUUCGAAAAGCCCCUAGACUCGCAUGAAACGUUAACAUCACCUUGCGACCCGCAAGAAUGUAGUUCUAGCAUGGAAAAGGGUCAUCCUCUGUUUCUGAAGAGUUUUGUGUUGUUCAGCCUCCGACAGAGCCUCCAAGACGUUUGGCCCCAGUUUUCAAGCCGGCGCAGAUAACUGUAACGGUCGACGAGAACGAAUCAGAGAUUGAAGUCACGAAGGUUGUUCCCUUUCAACUUGAAGAACACUUUGAAACUACCGAAUCAGAACUGUUUAGAAUUUGGAAAUAUAUUCUAUAUUUGGAUUCUAAACCUUUAUAAACGGGAGAAGCACUUCAAAAGUUGCAGUAUUCUGUUUAAGUAGAAAAUGUCGAAAACUUGUUGGAAAUUCAUAGUUUAUGUUUAAAAAAAUGAAACUUUGAAAAAACAAAAAAGAUGACAGGCUUGACGCGAAAAUCGUUGAAGUAACAAUAAACUCGAUUAUUAUUGAUUACCUUGUUACGACCUUUCUUCAUAUUUUUUAUUGAUUAAAAAAGAAUUUCUCAUAAAACGACUCCAUGUCUGAAUUUAAGCCAAAGGGAAAGUUAUAUUUUUCAGUUAGCUUGAUUGAUAACUUGAGAACAGUUUUUUUUCGAACUAUUUUCUGUGUUAUCAUGAUAAUGAUAACGAUUUGAGGCUCACGCGACCUACCCAGAUGGCCAACCGGGCUCCAUCACCUACGUGCUUCACAAAGGCGACGCGACUCUUUUCGCGUACGUAGAUUCCUGACAAACAGUGAGAAAAAACCGUUCCUUCCAGGGUCUCUUCGUUCAGCGGAUCCGUGACUCUUCUUCGACCGCUCGACGCCGAGGAGAACACUUCUUUCACCAUCCAAGUCUCUACCGCCGAGGUCCGACUCUCCUUCUGGAAUCUCAAACUCUGGCUAUCCUUUCAGGCAUCUUUGUUGGCUGUGGAUGCUAAGCUGGCACAUUUUGUGAGCAUCACCGUCAAGGUCGGAGACGUCAACGACUGGAUUCCCAACUUCGAGACUGCAAACUACAACUUUGCUGUGCAAGAAGACACUAUACCUGGCACGAUCGUCGGGCAAGUAGCCGCCUUUGACCAAGACCGCGAGGUGAGUCUUCUGAAACGGCAAAAGGAUUAUUCUGUCCCCAAGGAGCCCAACAACCGCAUCCGCUAUCGGCUAGUGAGCGCUGGUGGACUCGAGUCUCACUUCAACGUCAACGCUGAAAACGGUCUCGUCACUCUCGCAAGGCCAAUCGACGCCUUCAGUGGCGAAAAGAUCACAGUAGUUCUGUCGGCUCAGACCGAAACUAACCUUGCUGUUGCAGUUGCGGAUCGAAGCUUCCGACUUGGGCAUUCCGCCGCAGUCCUCGACGGCGACCGUUCUCGUGGAGGUCGUACCGACGUCUUCGCAACUCAUUCCCAACGGCUCUCCACUCACCCAUCAGCCCUCUGAGAACGAGCUACAGUUCAGUCUGCGGAAUUAUACGUGAGAGAAGCUCUCGGCAGGACCGUCCAAACGGCGUCUUUUCAGCGCGUCAGUCUCGGAGGCAGUCCGACCUCCUCACCUGGUGCAGGUCCUUUCUGUCAACAACAAGCCGACCGACACGAGGUUCGUCAUCUGCAGUAUCGUCAGCGGGAACUACCGCGGAGCCUUCGGCGUCACGGCUGGCAACGACGGAAACUGCGAGCUGCGUACUCAGAUGGAACUCGACCGGGAGAGUGUUGAACGGUGAGUUUUGGGUAGAGAAAAACAGUAUCAAUCAUUGAGAGAAGCUUUUGACUUUCAUUAUCAAGCCUUCCGUACACUUUUCCACGAAAGUUAAAAAACUCUCGGAAAAUUCAAAGUUGAACUAUAAUUUUCAGAAAAACGUCAAAAAAGAAAUUCAGAUCUUCCAGACAAAAGCCGAUUUUAUUUUCCAUAAUUCGGAUGAUUUAGCUUUUCAUACUUUUGGUCUGAUCUGAUAGUCGAAGAGUUCCUAGAAAACGAGGCUGAAAACGUUCCUGAACAGAGUUCUUAUUCGGACGCUUGCAGUUACUUGCUCAACAUCACAGUCACGGCAGGCUCGCAGACGGACUUCGCCCUGGUGUCGAUCACGGUUCUCGACGUGAACGACAACGUGCCUCGGUUCGUCUACGACUCCGACCUCGGCCUGUCCACCUACUUCGGCGGUGUCUCCUCGAACGCCAACGCGUUCACACGUGUCUUGGCGGUGAAGGUAGAAGCUCCAGAAGUUGGAGAUCUCAGAAGCUGAGUUGAAGGCGGAAGACGCCGACUUGGGUAACAGUAGCGUCGUCAAUUACGCCCUCGAUCCGCUCUCCGCUCACACCAAAUACUUCUCGAUCAGCCCGUUCGGAGAGAUCAGCACCAAGCAGAGCAUGUCUCAAGUGCUCCAGAAGAAUCGUGUUGCCUUUUUCGAAAUCAGAGUUGGUUUUCGUUUUUUUUUGUUGAUAGAAGGUCUUUUCUAGGAUUCAAGAGCGAAUAAUUUAAGCAAAACCAGUGUUUGUACUUUGGUCGUGUUUCCAAGUUGUAUAUUUUUGAAAGGCAAAAAUGUAAUUUAUUAGUCAAUAACGAAAAUUAUGCCGAGAAGACCUGAACUGAUUGAAAUCAGCAACAGUGCAGAGCUCAUUCAGGAAUCGAGUGUCUCAGUAUUUAUAACUAAAAGUUAUAAUUGUUUGUAUUUUUUUUUUCGUUCUUUGUGGUAGAAAGUUUUUGAAAGAUUACUCUUAUCUUUCUCGAGUUUGCUUGAAUGUUCCAAUACCUUACAGUUUCUGAUCUACCUUUCAAAUCGGUUAUUGCAGGUGUCGGCCUGUGACAGCCCGAUUUCCGGGCAACAACUGUGCUCCAAAGCCGACGUGGUCAUCAACGUCAUCACUCCUGUAAAUCGCUUCAAAAUGGUUACUUUAGGACUCAAUCCACAACAACUGCGUGCGCAUGAGAAGGUUCAGCUCAUUCUUCAAUAUUCAACCCUAAAAGUUAUACCAUUCAAAUUUUUGCAGGAUAUGAUCAGAUCGAUCCGACAGUUUUCGGGUUCGUGCAACUUGCUCAACAUCGAGAAAAUGGUCGAGCACAGCGCCAUCGACAAUCAAGUAUGCGUCUCUCGUUAUCAGGAAACUUCAUUUUUACCAUGGAAAAAAAUGGGGGAAUAACUAGAUUUUGGGGAUAAUUCGGACAAAUUCAUUCUGAAUAGAAUAUCAUUUGUAUACAUUAGGGUUCUUAGGUCAAAAUCGAUAUGUAAAUAAUCUCCGAUUCAGAAAUUUUCACACGGGUUUUGGAUACCGGCAGAUAGUAAAUAAAAUAUUUUAUUUCUAAAAAUUUUUAACGGUUCAAAGGAAACUUUUUUUGAAAAAUUCUGAAUGAAUCAGAAAAAAAUUCUUCAUUACGUUUAUUUUUUUCUCAUUUCACUGACAUAAUUUUUUUCCUUUCCUCAAACGUCUAUUUGAAAACUGAAAGACACACAAUUGCAAAUUUAUAAGUUUUUUACUAUGGAAAGAUUGGAAAAACAGCCAAAAAAAUCGUUUACAGUGAAAGUUAUUUGAUUCAUGUUCCUUUUUCCUUGUUUCUAAAAAAGGAACUGGAUUUCCAGCCUCGCACGGACAUCUACUGGUAUGCUGUUAACCCGAGCACGAAGAAAAUUUGCAAGAAACACGAGUUCCGCAAGCUUUUCGAGAGUUCUUCGGUGGCGAUGAUGGCCGGCAAAGUGCAGCCAUGGUUCCGGCUCGACCGGAUCGUCGAAGAGGCAACUUUCUUCUAGUUUUCUCGGUCACAUACUUUUCCUCAGGCUGCUGACGACUCUCUGCCCAACAACGGAAUCUUGCCAUCGAACUGGAAGACGGCGAGCAUUUGUAAGUUUCAGAGCCGCUGCCAUCAAAAUAUUAUUGAAUCUUUCAGUGUUGAUUAUUCUGGCAGUGGUGAUCGCCCUCGGCGCCGUGAUCGGAAUCUGCGCUGUCUGCGUUUUUUGGUCGCGCUACAAGGCAUGUUCAGUCUCAGAAACUUGAACAACAGCAAUUUUGCAGGUCUCACAAAGGAAUCUGAACACGUUUACUUCGCACUCGUACCCUCAGAAGAUGGGAACCGUCUACCUGCCGAAUAUGGCGAUCGACCCUCGGAUGGACAAGAUAUAUGAAACUCAAGUGAGUAUCUACUAGUUGAGGGAGUUCUUGAGCGGAACUCUGCAGAUGCUGGAAAUGCCGAUGUCCGACGAAGAUAUGACCAUGAAGAGCGGCUCGAUCGGGGCGGCCACUCAGCAACGCGGGAUCUCCUACCGAAACUACGGACGUCAGCAGAGCGCAGCCUAUGAAGGCGACUUCAGCAUCGAGGAGAGCAUGUACGCCAUCAACGUGCCCGGUCGCAUCGACCCUGUCACCAAGUACGCUUUUCUUCUCCGUAUCCCUGUGCUCCGACGAAACCAUGGGCUGUAUGGAGGAAAGACUCACUGACAAAUUUUGACUUUUUCUGAAAAUUCCCGCGUUCUGUGGUAGAUUCGUUUACCCGUUUUCAAAUUGAGGUUAAACAGAAAAAAUUCGGAAAACUCUGUCGCUUUCUAAAACUUUCGAAACAAUUCGAACGUUUUUUUUAAAUCCAAGUUUUUUUCCUGUUUUUUUUUCAUUGCAGUGGCACUCGUAGAGUCUUUGGUUUCAAGAAAAUGCAUCCCAAAACUGCAGAAAACGUGCUAAAUGUGGAAAAAGUGAAAAAAGAGGUAUUCAAAAAGCCGUUUAUCUCAUCUUCUCUCUACUUCUUCGAUAGAUAAGUAGAAGUUUUAAUUACAAAAAAGACCCCCUUUUCACUUUGGAGAAGAACUUAGCUAAACGGUUUUUUUUUCCACUUGGUACACAAUUUUCAGCUCAAAUGUGUAGAUUUGCUAAUCCUCUCGAAAUUCUUUGAAACAGAGUUUUUGCAGCCGAGUGGUACUUUCUACGAACUUGACAAGAAGUGCGACAAGUAAGGAACCGAGUUGACCUCUUAAUAUUACUUUCCUGCUGCUUAUUUUCUAGUCGCUCUUGGCCUUGCGGUUAUCGGUCUUUUGAGUUGCUUCUCCCUUUUUUCUCUUUUCCAGCAGCUUCUACACUCUAUCCUCGAACUCGUUCCCAUCUUCACUGUUUGUUUUCAGACGGAUACAGACCCUCGUGAUCCCGACGCCAGACUAUCCCAACCGUGGCGCGCCUUACCAUCACAAGAGCGUCUUGUGA